AUGGCGCCUCCUACCCCCGCCGAAAACGAAGCGCACCAACGGCUCCUCGACAGCCUUGACAUCGCGCACGUCGCACGCCCCUUCCGCAACCCCAACUGGAAGCCGUCGCAGCGCCGCAACAAGAACGUCAAGCAGCUUCUCUCCGAGAGCUCUCGCAAGGAAGCCUCGCAGAUGGCAACCCAGGCCAACUCUGGAGCCACGACUCCCCUUCCAGCCACCACGGCCGGCAGCACCGACGGCACGCAGACCCCUGCCGACGGCAACCCCCGGAAUCCCAACAUCGCCCAGGCGGCGCAGAACCUGUCGACGCUGGUCCUGGAGAAGAACGCGCGAGCGGCGUUCCAGACCGGCCCGGCCGUGACCUACACGAAUAUCGAAUCGGCGCCGUCGCUGCACCCGUCCCAGCAGACCCGGUAUUGCGAUAUCACGGGGCUGCCGGGCCCUUAUACGGAUCCUAAGACUAGACUGCGGUACCACGAUCGGGAGGUCUUUGGUGUCGUCAGGACGUUGACGCAGGGUGUGCCGGAGAGUUACUUGGAGCUGAGGGCUGCGCAUGUCGUGCUCAAGUAG